AUGAUUGUGGAUACAACAAAUGAAGAUAACAUCAUGAAUACAGAUACCAGUAUUACAUUGACAAAGUCAAAUGAUAAUAAUGAAAAGCUCACUUUUGAUGACGAAAGUGAUGAAUAUGAAAUUGAUCAAUUAUUGUCAGAUGAAUUAUUGACUGCAGAAAGUGUUUUCGAAGCGCAAGAAGAUGAAAUGUCAAUAAAAAUUAAAGAAGACGUUGAUAUAGAAAAUGAACAAUUAAACACUCAUGAAUUGUAUCAGUGUGUACCAGAAGGCACCAAUAAUCAAAUUUUGAAAGAGUUGUACACCUUUGAAGACGGAGCUUUUCUUGUAUAUGAUAGAAUUGAUUACAAAGAAAUUGAUAUAGAUGCUUUUUCAGAAUCAAUUAGAAGAUUUUCUUAUGAUCAUGACAACAAUUUUGUAUUAGAAAGAUAUAUUGUUGCACUCAAUUAUAUGUUUAAAAGAGCUAGUGAUAUCACUAAUACCAAAACACUUAAAAGUGUCAAAGUGAUGCAAAGAAAAGUAUGUGACUAUGUUAUACAUGGUGAAAUGGUUAAAGCUCACCUGAGUGCCGAACAAAUACGAGCAUUGAAGCGGUGUACAUUGGUAAGUCACGCAACAUUGAGUAGAGAAUCUCUUGAAAGAGCAAAUACAUUGGCUCUAAGCUCGAGAACAUGCAAUGCACAAGUAUUUAAAGCCAAUGAAAUAAAGAAAGAAAAACUUAAAGUUGAAAGAUGUGAAUAUAAAUGUUUGGUAAUUUCAAUUGACUCAACAACGAAAAAUGAACAAGAAAUAUUCUGUGUAUUAUUGAGAUUGGUCAAAGGAAGAAAGUGUUAUUCAAUGCCACUUAUAUUAAAACAAUACAAAGGCCAAACAGAUGCAAAAACACUUGCUAAAUGGAUUGUUGGAAAAAUUGGGGUUGAACACUUAUAG